UCUCUGCUCCACCACAGAUUGCAGCUGCAUUGAAGCACUCUGCGGUCAAAUGAUCUAGAAACACGAGCGUAUCUCAGAAACAGCCAGUCUCUGUCUCUCUCCAGGAUUUCAGCUAUUUUUAAAAAAACAUUUUGAAGGCUUCACUACAGUUUCUCCAUCAGAAUGUCGUCAUCUGAAAGUGCUGCGUCACAUGAAGUCAGUGAAGCAUCAGCCCCCACAUCAGAGGCUGAAUCUCUGAGGAUCGUUCUGCUGGGCCGGACCGGGACAGGCAGAAGCUCCUCUGGCAACACCAUCCUGGGAAGGUCUGCGUUCCUGGUGGACGUGUCCCCCUGUUCUGUAACCGCACGAUGCAAGAAACAGAGCGGGAUAGUGGGAAGGCGGAGUAUCUCCGUCAUUGACACUCCCGGGCUCUUCCACACACACCUGUCUUCUCAGGAGGUUAUGGCAGAGGUGGGACAGUGUGUUGGUUUCUCUUCUCCGGGACCCCACGCCUUCUUGGUGACACUGCAGCUCGGCAGGUUCACCCAUGAGGAGAGGGAGGCCUUUGAGUGGAUCAAAGCUAGAUUAGGGCCUGGAGUAAUGAGGUUUACGAUGGUGCUGUUCACCUGUGGUGACCAGCUGAAGGGGAAACGCAUCGAGGACUUUCUAGAGGAGAGCCAGGAGCUGUCUGAGUUUGUCAGCAGCUGCUAUGGAGGAUAUCACGUCUUUGAUAACAGCAGGCAGGAGGAAACAGAUGAAUGUUCACAUCAAGUCAUGCAACUUUUGGAGAAGGUGGACCAAAUUGUGGCUAAGAAUGGAGGCGGUUGCUACAGCGAUGAGAUGCUGAAGGAGGCUGAAGGUGCCAUAAGGGAGGCACAUGAGAGGAUUCUGGGUGAAGCUGGGCACGUGGUGGAGUCUAUUCAGACAGAGGCUGAGGUCCCAGAGGGGCGGCUGCCAAGAUUGGAAAAGAAGUGGGAGGAUGAGGAGAGGAGAAGGGAGGAAGAGGAGGCCCGGAAGAGAGCGGAGAGGCUUUUCUGGUGCGAGCUGGUGACCGCCCUGGGGAAAGGUGCUGCGGAGGGGGCAGGGAUCAUGGGAAAGGACAAGGGGAAAGGGAAAGCUGUGAAGAAGGCGAAGGUGGUGGAGAAAGUGGCAGCUCUGGCUGCGUCUCCGCUCUCUGUCAGGUCGGCUGCGAAAGCAGUGGGAGGGGCCGUGAGAGAAGGAAGCAAGGUGCUAUACAAACACAGAAAAACUUUACUGCGCUGAAAGGUAAAUCAAAGAGACAGGACACAACGAAACCCACGUGGUGAGGACAAGUCACUUGAUGUAAGGCCAGCUGGACUUCUUUAGGUUUUGAAGACGUUUCGCUUCUCAUCCAAGAUGUUUCUCUAGAGAAGGGGUCAAAUCCCUACCAGUGGUUUAUAGCCCGAGACCAUCCACCAGGUGCUCUAGGGAUGAAAAAGCCUCCUGGAUGAGAGGCGAAGCAUCUUCAAAGACCUAAAAAAGCCAAGCUGCCAUUUUCUCAAGCUCCACCAUGACCUGGAUGAAUGAGAACCUACAGAUGCAUCACCUAACUAUGAUUGUGUUUCCAUUGUUCAACACCA